AUGAAAAAACAUUUUUCACCAGCACAAAAUGUUUGCCCGCGACUCUAUACAGCGAAUAUAUAUAAACAUAUAAACAAAAGAGAGAUGAGAAUCAUUCUUUUUAUUGCCUUAUUCAUUGCAUUUGCUGCUGCACAUGAAUCAUGUGUUCAAAGAGUAGAAAACAAGCAAGACUAUACUAGAGUAAAGACUCCUCAACCACAUCAAUACCUUUCACCAGAGGAUGUUCCUGCUGCUUGGGAUUGGAGAUCAGCUACUUUAGAAGAUGGUAUUACUAGAAACUAUUUGGGUGCUACCAGAAAUCAACAUCUCCCACAAUACUGUGGAUCAUGUUGGGCAAUGUCGGUCACAAGUCAAGUUUCCUCGAGACUCAAGAUUGGUCGUUUGGGAUCUUUCCCAGAGGUCGACCUCGCCGCACAGGUUCUUUUAAAUUGUAUGGGCAAUUAUAACUUUUCAUGUGCCAAUGGUGGUGAUCCAACUAUUGCCCUUGAAUAUAUUGCUACUCAAGGUAUCACUGAUGAAACAUGUGCACCAUAUGAAGCUAUUGAUUUGGAAUGUACUGCUGAAAACGUUUGCAAGAAUUGCAAUUUCGAUCUUUCAAACCCAACUGCCAAAUGUUUUGCUCAACCAACCUACACGACCUACUAUGUCGAAGAACAUGGUCUCGUCAAUGGAACUGAUAAUAUGAAGGCUGAAAUCUUUGCUAGAGGACCAAUUUCCUGUGGCAUGUGUGUGACUGAUGCCUUUGAGGCUUAUCAAGGAGGUAUCUUUAGUGACAAUACUGGAAAUGGAGAAAUCAAUCACGAAAUUCUCAUCGUUGGAUGGGGUAGUGAAGGAGGUGUAGAUUACUGGAUUGGCUUGAAUUCCUGGGGCUCUUUUUGGGGUGAGCUCGCCACAUUUAGAAUUCUUAUGGGUUCUAAUAUCCUCAACAUCGAGUCUGAUUGUGAUUGGGCUGUACCAAGACAAUAA